UUUUUUUGUCAUUCCGCCUCUGCCUCUCUCGCUCGGUCUCUCUCACUCUCAACCUCCUCUCCCCAAAUCCGCCGCCAACUUCUUCCAGAUUUCUCUGUCGCUCUCUCUCAGCCGCUCUCUAGCUCUCCCAUAUUUGCAAAACCUGGUUGUAUGACCUUCUGUUUAAAAAAUAGUGCUGUAUAAUCGAAGGGCCCUAUGAGGUUGGAGAAAUGCUGGUUCUGUUCCUCCACCGUGUAUCCUGGACAUGGGAUUCAGUUCGUUCGUAAUGAUGCAAAGAUUUUUCGAUUUUGUAGAUCCAAAUGCCACAAGAACUUUAAAAUGAAGAGGAAUCCUCGCAAGGUAAAAUGGACUAAGGCCUAUAGGCGGUUGCGUGGGAAGGAUAUGACACAGGACUCGACCUUUGAGUUUGAGAGAAAGCGAAAUAGGCCUGAGAGAUAUGACAGGAAUCUUACAGCAAACACUCUGAAGGCCAUUAAGAAGAUCGAUAAAGUUAGAGUCGAUAGGGAGGCCAGACACCAUGAGGAGAGGAUGAAGGGCAAGAAGGCCAAGGAGCACAGGGAGGCAGCAAAAGAGUUGGAACAGAGCAUCAGCUUGGUCAAAGCUCCAAGUGUGCUACAACAAGAUCCAUCGUUCAACUUACCAAUCAAGGUCAAGGUUUCUCAACAGCAGCCCGACAAAAGCCUCGCCAUGAUGGAGGAGUAAUUUUAUUGUUGGAUGUUCGUUUUCUAUGUUUAAUUAUUUUAGUGUGCUUCAGAUUGUUGUAUUCGAGCUUUUUUCCCAAAGUUUCAUUAACUGUAAUUUUGACUUAUAUUGGAGACAUCAUGAACUUUAUAUAUUUAUGUUUAACAAGUGAUUGUGACGGCAUCUUUUUGGAAAUAUAAAAUUUAUCAUGGCAAGUA